UGUAAAAGCGGAAUUUCCGAUGCGUCCCCGAACGCGGCAUCAAGUGGGAGUUCACACGUGUGUUGCUGAUGUUUGGCUGCAUGUAGCGGCGCUGCAGCACUUCAUCACGAACUGUGCUUUCCAAAACUUCAUGACUACUUACUUCACCAACCUCUUAAACAACUGGGGUGGCCGGUUUCUGUCCCGGUCUUUUGGCCGAGAAGAUGUCACAGUAAGGCCAAAACUACUUUCUUCAGCUACUCUAAAAGACUGUAUCUUGGUUUCCUCUGCAAAGAAGUCGACUGGGAGUCUUUUUAGAUCCAGUUCCUGAGAUAUUGUUCAGGACACAAAGAGAGGGUGUGUUCUGAGGACUCUCAAAUGCUUCUGUCAAGUCUGGGGUUUGAAGGGCAACAUGGAUGGUAUUGAUGACUACAUCUGGCAGCGCCGCAUCCACCAUGGGGUUAGGUAUCAGAAAUGUGAAGUUCCAUUUCCAAAGUCGGUUGAAAUCGGUUUGGAGUUCAACGCGGCAUUGGAAAGGAAGGACAAGUUAGAUCUGUGCUUGCUGACCAAUGCUGUGAUGCUGGAGCUUUGUGACUUUGCCAAAACGGUGACAAAGUCUGAGACCUAUUUCUUGUUUGAAAUGCUAGAGUUCAACUUUGACCUUGGCGUGGACGUGGAUAACGACAUGCAGUGCUAUGACUAUGCAAGGCGCGUUCACAACAAAAUAAAGCUGCUGAAGGAACAAAUAAAGUUGAAACCUCGUAGAUGGAAAGAAACCUUUCCGCUACCAGACCGACAAACUUUAAUGGGGUCCACUGGGUCAGAGCUACGGUACUACCCUAAAAGGAAUAAAAUCGUGGAUAGUUCAGUCCUCACUGAUGGCAGCAAGUUUUCAGAAAAUCAGAAGAGCAAGAGUAAUGGAGCUGCGAGCGGUGAAUUCAUCAGGAAGAAACAAGGAGGAGUCCGAUUAAAUCCAACAGGUGAUGUUUACCCUUUCUGUAAAGAACUUGGUGUGACACUGCUUGUUCGACCAGAUGACGCACCCAAAGAGAAACUAGACCCAAAUCUGGUGACCAACGGUGUGAUGAUGGAACUGCUUGACUUUUCCAGAGUGCUUUGUGGAACACACACUCAGAUAGUUAACGCCUUGGUCAAGCAAAACUUCGGUCAUGAGUUGGAUAAAAUGCAGUUCAGAAUGCAAGUAAACAAGCUGAUGGAGCGAAAAUAUGCCUGCAUAACAGCCGAGGACAAGGACGCUUUCCGAAAGGAGGCUUUUACAGUCCAGACCAAGAAACGGGGAAAGAAUUAUAAAAAAAGAAAACACCCUGACGCAGAUUACCAAGAACUGGAAAGACUAACGAUGGCCAGUAAGAGGAAGGAAACGCUGAGGCAAAGGGAGAGUGAUGCGAAAGUAAUUUGGCAGGACAGUGACCUCUCGUACAUGUGUCCGGUUGAUUUUGAGACAGAAAUGCAGUCAGCUACGGAGGCAAAACCAGAAAAGGUUGAUUUUGAAACUUGUUUGUCAGAAACCGCUGCAGAAACAAAGCCAGCAGUGACUGUGGCUGUAAAGCAGGAAGAGGAGGAAGUUUUUGUCUCCCCAAUGCAGUCUCCGACUAAUGGCCACGACUCUCAUUUGUCUGACCUUCGUCCAAAAAGUGCGGCUCUAAAAGCAUACUGGGAUCUGUUUUCUGAAGAUGAAUGUGGGGACAUACGUGUAAAAACAUGGAAACAAAAGCUGUGGAUGAGACGUACCACUCGCUCAAAACAAAUCCUGAAGUCUAGCAGAGUGAACGACAUGUUUGCCAGCUGCAGAGCCAUAGGUUUAGACUUUAAUGUCGGUUCUGGCGACAAACAGAACGUUGAUCUACAACGACUCACCAACUGCGUGUUGUGGGAGAUUUAUAAAUUUGCAACUACGAUGACAAAGAGCUUACACAGGUUCUUAUUUAACAUUCUGCACAACAACUUUAACCUUGUCCAAGAUGAACUGAAUCAGCGCAAUUUUAUAUUUUACAUCCAAACAAAAGAGAGGAUUCUUCAGAACCACCCCGCUAGACAGAAAAUGGAGUUUCUCAGCAGCCCCUUUCGGUUCCCUAAAGCAUACAACAUGGUUGAUGUGACUAGCGCUUUUCAAACUGGACAGGAAGCUGAGACAGAGCAGCAGACGAACUGGGAUUCAGCAGAUUUAGCCACAAGCCAGCAGGCAGAUAUGGAGCCAUACCCGUUCUGUAAAAACUUAGGUCUCAACCUUUGGUCGAGAGAAGAACGUCCGGCAAGCAAGAAGCUUGAUUUGACGCUCCUGACCACGGGCGCCGUGCUGGAAAUAUUCAGCUUCGUCAGGGAGCUAUGCGGUGCGGUCCGCGAGACGGUUAAUGACGUCCUUGAGCACAAUUUUGAUCUUGAGCUGCAAAGUGGUGAGACCAAGGCCGCACAGAUGAUCCAGAGAUGGUACGUGACGCAGAAAAGCUUCAUGAAAAGGCACAACACAACACCAAGGAUAAAUAGGUGGUUAAAUAUGGUUGUCCCACUUAAUGGUCACUCAAAGCCCAGUCCGCAACCACAAACUGGCAACGGCCUGGAGGAUCUGGAUACGGAAGACUUAAAGCGAGGCAGAGAAGUGGAGGCCGUCUAUGUAAAUGUGCAACGGGUGGAAAGGGUCAACAGCUAUCACAUCUGCAAAGAAAUAGGCUUGGAUCUUGAUGUCCUGUCUAAAUCAGAAGCCAAAACAAAACUGGACUUGAAAGUGCUCACUAGGGGAGUCCUCCUUGAGGUGCACCAGUAUCUUGGGAAAUACUGCCACAGAUACGUCCCCGCUCUGUACGAGAUUCUGGAGUACAACUUUGAUCUGAGCUCUCAGAGCCAUCGCAAGGUGGAGUUUGCCUGGUCCAUUGCAUCUCAGGUGAUAGCCAUGGCUGGGAAAAGUGGCAGGAAGGCAGAUUAUCUGAACAAAGUUUUUGAGUUGCCCUUUGAGAUCUCUGAGUCCUCACAGACUGUCUGCAAAGAGGAGCCGGAGGACCGCUUCGCUGAGCUGGACCUCAACGAUAACUCGGACAUCUUGUUUGUCCGAGAACUGAAGCCUGUUGACAUAGAGGUUGAGAUUGAUUAGAAGUAGAAAGUCAAUGUACGGAUUAGGGCUGCAACGACGGAUCAUAGUCAUCAUGAUUUUAGCAAAUAAUUAAUGAAUCAUUUGGUGUGUAAAAUGUCAGAAAUUAGGGGGGAAAUCACACAUUUCCACACUCCCAACUUCCUAAAACCCAAGCUGAUGUCUUCAAAUCACCUGUUUUGUCCAAUCAGCAGUAGAGCUGCAACGAUAAGUCGGUCGAAAGAAUAUUAAUCGACAACAAUUUUGAUAAUGGAUUAAUCGUUUCAGUCAUUUUUAAAGCAAAAAUGUGAAGAAUUAGCUGGUUUCAUCUUGUUAAAUUGAGGAAUUGCUGCUAUUGUUUGUCAUUUAUGAAAGUAAAUUAAGAGUCUUUGGGGUUUUGGACUGUUGGUUGGACCAAAGAAGCAAUUUGAAGAAUGACUUUGAGCUCUGGGAAAUUUUUAUGAGCAUUUUUCACAAUUUCCUUGACAUUUUAUGUAGAUAAUGAAAAUAAUCGUUAGUUGCAGCCCUAUCCAGCAGUCUAAAACCUAAAGAUACUCGAUUUACUAUCUAUCAAGCAGCAAAUAUUGACAUUUGAGUGUGUAUCUUUGCUUGAUAAUGACUUUAACCAUUAGGCCAGAAUAAGGUCAGAAUAAUUCCUGUUCAGUUGUGUUUAGUUUACACCUAUUUAAAACGUUUUGUAACCUUCAUAAGAUGAAGAUUUAAAGAGACAUUUUUCUUAAAUUCUUUACAUUAAUGGUGAAUAUUAUGGUCAUUGUCCACUGGAUCUGGCUCUUAAGUUUUAUUUGAGUUUGCAAAUAACAUAACUAUUCAUCACAGCUUACAUCUGUGAUAAACAUCAGAUCUGGAAUAAACACAUUUGGUCACUCUGCUGAGUUUCAGGCUGUUAAAUCACUUUCUCUCUGUGAUCACACGCUGAAUUCACAAUACAGUUGCUCUCAUUUACAUAUCUUCUGUUUCUGGAGCCAGUUAAAAAAAAAAGAAAGAAGUAAUUUAAUUUCUUUUUCCUUUAAAUACUAUACCUUUUUACCAGGCAAGCAUUCGGUUUUAUGAUCAGGAGUCAAAGCGUGACCAAAUAGGCUGUGGUAUGUGAGUUGCUGUAUUUACAUUUAAAAUGAGUUAUUUCUCAAUUAACAAAUCAACCAAAUGUCAGAAGGUAGUGAAAAAUACCUGUGAUCAUUUCCUACAUGGUGACAUAAAUUGCGUUAUUCGAACAACUCUCCAAAAUGCAAAGAUAUUCAGUUUACAGUGACGUAAAACAGAAAACCAUCAAAUCCAUUUGAGAAGCUGGAACCAGCAAAUGUCUGGAUUUUUUGUUUGACAAAUGACUUUAGCUAUUAUCAAAAGAAUUUUAAGGUUAAUUUGUCCGUCUAACUAGCUGUAACAGUUGGCAGCAAAAGUUCUCAACAUAUAACUGCCACACAGCCCCAGAGGCUAGCGUCCAUCAAUUAGCAAAAUUGGGGGAAGUUCUGCCAGAAAGCCUUACUACUUGGUUGGGUUUAGGCGCCAAAACGACCUUGUUAGGGGAAAAAAAGGCAGAAAGCCCUGAAGACAAACAUCUACCACAGCUGAAAUCAGGUGUUUUAUAAAUUUCCCUGUGUUAAUAUGAGUGUACACUGUUCAGGGAACACAGACGGACAGUAUGUGGCAGUGCUGUAAUUAAACCAAGUAAAUGUGCAGCCGCAAAGCAGCUGUUACUUUUGAAUAAGUGCUUGUAAAAAAUUAUUAAUGAGGCCAAACAGGUUGAUUUAUUUAUUGUUUUAAUAAAAUGUGUCCCACUUUAAAACCACAACACAACUAGAUCUAGUGGACAUAAGACGUUAGUCACAAGAUCCAUCCAUCCAUCUUCAUCCGCUUAUCCGGGGUCAGGUUGUUGGGUAGUCACAAGAUCAUUAGCUUUUAAAAACACUUUGGACGGCAGACAUAACAUCAGUUGGUUAAAUUAUGUUAUUAAAAGUUUCUAAAUUGAUUCAGCCAAACACAUGAAGUGCCUAAAAUGACACGUCUCACUUUAAGUUUCCCACGUUGUUUUGAUGAUAUUAGUGUUUUGAGAAGAGGUGAAAGUUCCUGUCAUACAUAGAAUGACGGACAUUUUGUGGCUAAUAAAUUUGUAUUUUAAAUGCAAUCUUAACAUGGGGAUGAAAACACUUUCCCAGGUGGGAUGUAUAAUUUUUUUGUCUUUUAUUCUGUAGGUUGGAUUUUUGUCUCUACUACAAAUUAAAGUGUCUUUAAUCGUCA